UGGUCACAUCUCCCAACUGUCAGAAAUUCAAUAGGAGUUGGUAUAAGUCGUUCAAUAGGAAUCGGGGUGCCUCGAAGACUUCACAUUUCUUUACGAGAUGGAGGUAACGUAUUGGAAUUAAGUACCAAAUUGGAUUAUUGGUUAGGUGCUAUGUGGUGCCUUUUGGCCGGUCUUUGGAGUUAUUGGCUGGCAGAUGGACUUAUGCGUCGAUGGCUCUUUUAUUAUGAAGUUACUAGUGCAAUAAUCCGUCUCAUUUCCUUGCAAGCAAUUAAUUGGGUUGUUACAGCUUUUGUAAUCUCACAUUACGGGCAUGAUGAACCAGUUUGGACUUGGGUGAUAUGUAGCGUAGUUUUAGCUAUUAGUAACAUUAUCCAAUGGUUAUUUACAUCAACUACAAAGCAUUAUAAAUCUGGCGAUCCUGAAGCAUCUAGGCAAAUAACGUGGAGGGAUAUUUUUCGAUGUAUUGUAAUUCCUAUAGCGAUUACAUCAUUUAUUACUAUGAUGUGUCUUCUCGAUCAGCAAUCAAAGUUUAGACAUAGAUCAAAUAUAAGGCCUGUUAGUUACAAAUUGAACUCUAAUAUGUCACUUAGCGAAAUUCAUGAUGGUGCUGAAAUUAAAGUAAUAAUGUUAGUAUUGUCAUCAUGGACCGAAAGUGGUUUUUUUAAACGACAACAAUUCCGUGAUACAUCAAUAAAAUUGAUUCCUCAGAAUUAUGAUAAAGUUUCUAUUGUCUACCGUUUCAUUCUCGGAGUUCAACCUUCGGCAAAAACGCAGCAUGUUAUGGGGAAAAAAAUUCUAGCAGAAUCUGAGAAAUAUGGUGACAUGAUCAUUGUUCCAUCGUCAGAUCUUUAUAAUGACCUCAGUCACAAGGUUUAUAAGAGUUUCGAAUGGGCGGAUAAACAUGAUUUUGAUUACCUGAUUAAAACAGAUGAUGAUGUAUUUGUACGUAUUGACACUGUCGUACAAGAAUUGGGCGAAUUGGGUCCAGGAAAAAAAUAUUAUUGGAAAGGACUAGGAUAUUGGAAUAUUCCUCCAAUUCAAAGCACUGCAAAUAAGAAUUCUGAACUUGAGUACCCACUACCUAUGUUUCCACCUUUCACAGCUGGUGCGCUCUAUAUUUUAUCUCAUGAUGUUAUUUCACUAGUUGUUACAGAUUCACCACGUCUUUUCACGAAAAAUGAAGAUCAAAAUUUGGGCAUAUGGCUCUUUCCUUAUAAUAUUAAACCAAUUCAUGAUAGGCGCAUACAACAAGCAGAUGUGUGUGAAGAUGAUAUGAUUGCAAAACAUUUCAGUGAUACUUAUGACCCUGAUCGAAGUAUGAUUGAUAUGUACGAAAAUGUCAUCAAUAAUAGGCGUCUAUGUGAAGGAUUUAGACAACGUUUCUGUGCUUUAUGUUAUCCGUGUGAAGGAAGAGAUAACCAUUGGAAAGAUUGGAAUUUUGACUGUGAUGAUGUAAAAGGUAUCACCUUACUUCACCACGAUAAUUUUUUAGUAAUCGAUCCUUCAAAGGAAUCUUCAUUAGUAUUUGAUGAAUCGAUAGAAGCAAAAAUGGGAAGUAAAGAGGAUGAGUGGAUAAUACCAGGUGUUCUCUCUCAACACUCUUCAGUUUAUUCGCAGACAGACCAAUGGUAUUUACUACAUUGGAUGGUCUGGACAACUGAUCAAUCAACUUUUCAAGAACGACAUUACAAUGCAAUUGAGCUUGUUUGGGUGCAUACCCCGAAUGCAAUUAUUUUUGUUGUUACAAACACUCUUCCAAAACAAUUUUUUAAUGAAUACCAAAAACAAGGUUAUCAAAUUCAUAUCAUUAAUUUUGAUCAAGAGUCAUUACUAAAACGACAGUGGUUCCUUGGUAUAAAUUCUAAAAAUUGGAUCCUAGAUUGGAAAAAAUGGGAAAAUGCACAAUUUUUCCCUUAUUAUCUUGCCGAUUAUAUUAGAAGUGUUCUCCUGUAUAAAUAUGGUGGAAUGUAUAUGGACAUGGACGCUCUUUGGAUUCGUGCUCCACCGGAUACUCAGAUGGAAUUUAUUGGUUCGGACUUUUCUAGUAUGCCAGCAGAUCUUGAAUGGACAUUAGACAUAAAUGGCACAUAUUUACCGAAUGGGGUCAUGCGUUUUCGUAAAGGACGUGCAAUGUUCCGAGAAUACAUGGAAAAUGCACUUUCUGAAACUUUCUCGACUUCAUGUUUCAACUGCCUAGGUCCUCGAGCGGUAACAAUAUAUGUUAAAAAAUAUCGAAAAAUAUUAGAAGAGAAUGGACUUAAUAUACUUCCAAGUCAGAUCCUUUAUCCUCGAGAUUACAUUCAAAUUGUUAAUUUACUAAAACAUGACCUAACCGCGAGUCAAGAAUUACGUAAAAUUGAAAAUGAAUCUUGGAGUAUUCACCUAUAUGGCAAAUCAACAAAUUCCGAAUUAAUCGAAGAAGGUAGUGUUGUUGACUUGCUCAUAAAAAAAUUUUCAUUGAAUAUACCACAUCCACCGGUGCCACUUGUAAAAGAUGGAGUACCCGAUUCUAAAAAUAGUAAACAAUCAAACUCAUUUAGUUUAGAGGGUCCCAAGACAUAUCGAUUUGUGUCUAUGCCAAUAACGGAAAAAACAGUUCAAUAUUCAGGAUCAUUAAACGGACAGUUUCAAGGUUUAAAUGUAAUUUUUAUACGGGGUGGCCCUCCUAAAAUUAAUAGAGCUACCAUUAACGCUA